GCACCACCAAUACUCGCUCAUUUGACACUAAAGCGAUUGGUACGCCCACAAACAUCAUGGCAUCCUCUUUGGAGGGCUGUGUAUCCGCCUUGCGCAAUAGCAUGCAGCUGCUAGACUCGUCGAUUGGAAUUCUUGAUGACGGCGUCAACGAUUUUCCACGCCUGGCCAAGGUGCUACAGACCGCAAGGCACUUCGAACUAAUAUCUGAGCCCGAUCUCCAAGCUGCACAGUCUGCAUUGCUCUCCGAAAUCCGGCCCGAAGUCGAAAACCUCCUCCAGCGCGUUUCAAACCAUCUCGAUAAGCUUGAACGGCGUGAGCAAUCCCUGGUUGCGAAAUGCGAUUUGAACGAGGGUCGACUCUCCCGAGACAGUACUGGCGUCUCCGCCUUUCGUCCGAGUAGCAGGUCAAGCCAGACACGGAAAGCUGGAGAAGAGGGAGGGAAAGCUAUCAGUGCUUUGCAGGAGUUGAAGUACAAGCAGCUGCGGCAAAAGAAGCAGAGGCUAAGCUAUGCAGUGGAAACGCUAGAGUUACAGGCGAAACAGAGGGAGAGGCAGUUACGCAUGAGUAUGGCCGCACCGCAGCAGUUCUUUGACGAUUAA